AUGGGCUGCUAUCAAAGCAAGCAAAAAUCAAGUCAUUCAAAAAUAGUCACAGUAAAAGAUCUAAAAGUCCAAAAAAGCGCUUUCGUGCAGAAUAAUCCAAAUCCUUUUCAGGAAGUUUAUUCAAUAGGUAGAAGUAUUGGCACUGGGGCUUUUGGCGAGGUCCGAAAAGUUGUCCAUCGUCAAGCUAACGCAACUAGAGCUGCCAAAAUAUUUAGAAAAGACUUAGCUAAAACUGAAGAAGCAAAACAGAAAUUGAAUCUCGAAAUAGAUAUUCUAAAAACACUUGAUCAUCCCAAUAUUGUUCGAAUUUAUGAAUUCUUUGAGGAUUCGAAACGCUUUUAUAUCAUCAUGGAGCAUUGCAAAGGUGGUGAACUAUUUGAAGAAAUCCUUAAGCGGCAAGCAUUUGGUGAAGUUCACGCUGCUCAAAUUGUUCAGCAAGUUUUAUUUGCGGUUGCGUAUCUGCAUGAUCGUGGGAUUGUUCACCGAGAUUUAAAGCCAGAAAAUAUUCUACUAGAAGAAAAAGGAGACAUUUUAAAUAUAAGGUCUCCCCUAUAUUGCCCUGUAAAGGCUGUGGAUUCUGUCCGGAAUCCGUUGAUUGGUGGAACCAACUCCGACCAACUCACUUGUUGAUUGAACCAGCCAGAGGAUCUGGACAGAAUCAACGGCCCUUACAGGGCAAUAUAGGGAAAACCCUAUAUCAAAUUGAUUGACUUCGGAACUGCUUGCUUUUUGGAAAAAAAUAAAACUCUUCGAGGAGCUUUAGGGACUGCUUAUUAUAUAGCUCCUGAAGUAUUAACUGGAUACUAUAAUGAGAAAUGUGAUAUGUGAAGCAUUGGAGUCAUCAUUUAUAUUUUAUUAUCAGGUGUACCUCCAUUUGAUGGAAAAACUGACGAUGACAUCAUAGAAAAAGUUAAAAAAGGAAAUUACUCUUUUGCAGGAUCAGCAUGAAAAAAUAUUUCAAGAGAAGCAAAAGAUUUAAUUUCUUCUCUAUUAUGUCCUCCUGCAAAUCGUCUAUCAGCACCUGCAGCUUUGCUCCAUCCAUGAAUUGCUGCUAAUGCUUCGAGAUCUCUUCCGAGCGUACAAGUGAUGCAGUCAGCAUUGUCUAACCUUAAAGGCUUCCACAAUAAUAACAAACUAAGAGAUGCAGUCCAGACAUUUAUCGCGACCCAAUGUAUUUCUCAACAAGAUACAAAAGAUAUGAGAGAAGCCUUCAGAGCUAUGGAUACAAAUGGAGAUGGGAAAUUAAGCAAAGAAGAGCUAUUAGCACAAUAUGCCCGAACAAUGGGGCCUGAGAUGGCAGAGCUUGAAGUAAACCGAAUUAUGGCUGAAGCAGACUCAGAUAAUAACGGGUUUAUAGAUUAUACAGAGUUUUUAAAAGCUACACUUGAUAUGAAAACAGCUAUGUCAGCAGAAAAUUUGAAAGUCGCUUUUGAUGUGUUUGAUAAGGAUGGAAGUGGGAAAAUUUCAACGCAGGAAUUGAAAAGGAUAUUAGAAGGAGGAGCGCAGACUGAAAAAAGUUUAUGGAAUAUGAUUGUUAAUGAAGUGGAUUUAAAUGGAGACGGAGAAAUUGAUUUUUCUGAGUUUCAAAAUAUUAUUAUGAGUAAACUUUAA